AUGACCAACCGCGCUCCAGCAGUGGCUUUCAAUCAUUCUGCGCCCUUGGCGCCUGUUGAGAUCAUGAUUGAGAGCGCCCCCAUAGCGAUCAAUACUGCUCCCACCAGUGCGACAACCACGGCCACCACUACCACCGCUGCUGCGGCGGCGGCGACGGCGGCGGCCACCGCGCCCGCCAAUACGACUCCUCCCAAUGCCCGAAUUCCCAAGACCGAAGAAACGCCCGGUCCAUCACGCUCAACGUCUCUCGGGGCCGAGGCCGCGGCCUCGGAAGGCACCGAGAGCAAUCGGCCGUCGACGGCGGGGCGGAAGCGGAAGUUGAACAGCACGUCGUCGAGAGGAGUGGCGAAUCUUACGCCAGAUCAAUUGGCGAAGAAACGGGCCAAUGAUCGUCAGGCGCAGCGUGCCAUUCGAGAGCGGACCAAAUCACACAUUGAGGCCCUUGAGCAACAGGUGCGCGAUCUGGCAUCGCAGAAACCAGUGCUGGACCUGCAGGCCGCCCUGCAACAUAAUGAACGCAUCCGGUCGGAGAACAGAGAGCUUCGGCAAGGACUGAGGGCCGUGAUGGAGAUUGUGCAGCCCUUGUUGGCGAGACAGGAAGCUUCAGAUCUCCGGUCCUUUCUGGCGCAACCUCGAAGCGCCCCCGAACAAUCCCAUUCUCCAUCCUUCCCCGAAACAGACCAGGUGCACACGGAUACCAACAGCCAGUCCGCACCAGUGAAUGAGAGGCCCUAUCCCGAGUCGGUGGCCAGUUAUGAUACCCCGUCCCCCUCGCAAACCGGAUCGGCGAUGGGCAGUCGACGUAAUAGUCACCACGGACCCCUUCCACCACCGUCGUUCCGAGCCGCCUUGGACACGCAGCGCCAUAACCUCGUCCAUGGGUUGGAACUGGGCAUGGAAGAACGUCUCGGGUUCAGCUUUCUGCUCGACCCUUCUCAAAAUGUCCCCAAGGUGGACGGGCUGCGGCGCGCCACCUCGGAAAAUUUCCGCUCUGCUCAACCCUCGCCCACGCCGUCCUACAUGCAGCCCAUGAACUACGGUGCAAACCCCGCCCCAGCAUAUGCGACCCCCAUCAGGAAUUCAGGCCCCACCUGUACGCUGGAUAGCAUCUUGCUGGAUUUUCUGCACAAUCGGCAACGUGAGGCCGCGGAGGGGAUUCCGGGGCAGAAGCUGGUUGGCCCGCCGUACCCCAGUGUUUCUUCGCUUCUGAACCCGGAGAAGAGCGCGCAGUCUCAUCCUCUGUCCAAGGUGUUCACGGACAUUCUGCGCACCUUUCCCGACAUCAACUCCCUCCCCGUCCAGGUGGCUGUCCUCUACAACAUGUUCCUCCUGAUGCGCUGGCAAAUUUAUCCCACGCAGGAGAAUUACGAACGGCUGCCCGAGUGGCUCACGCCUCGCCCGACGCAAUUGCUCCAGCCUCAUCCUCCCUGGAUGGAUUAUAUCCCAUGGCCUCGGAUGCGAGAUCGACUGGUCACCUCACCGCAAGACUAUCCCUUUGAGAACUGGUUCAUCCCGUUCACGCGAGGCAUGGAUCUGAACUGGCCGUACGAAGCCACCGAUUGCCUCCUGUCUGCCGUCGACUCGGACGAUCUCAUCAUCAAUCCCGUUUUUGAACGUCACAUGCGGAAUCUGAACAAUUGGUCUCUCAGUCCGCUUUUCGCAGAGGCGUACCCAGGACUCGCAGAUACCGCCCGCAUUCGACCGGAACCUGGGAAACAAAAUAGCUCCCACACAGCAUAA